AUGGAACAAGACGAUGACAACAACAAAAAAAGCAUUGCUGAGAGAAGGGGUUUCAAUAACAAUGUUGCAAAGAUCAACACAAGAAUUUCUCAUUUUAGUGCAACAACCUCUUUGGUUUCUCCUGCACCUCAAUCAGCACGUUUCACAAUACCACCUGGAAUUAGUCCAACUGCUUUGCUUGAAUCCCCAAUCAUGCUCCCUAAUUCUAUGGUCAUGCCAUCUCCCACCACUGGGAGUUUUGCCAUGCUUCCACCUUUAACUGAUGAAAGAUCAAUGCUCACUUCUGUCACACAUGAACAAAGGAAAUUGGAUGUGCCUACUGCCUCUUUCAAAUUCAAGUCUCAAGCCAACUUGGAUCCUAAUUCUUUGUCUCCAUAUUAUGAUUCUCUUAAUCAGGUUUCUAGUAAUUGCCAUAUGAUGACUCAAGGACAUAGAGACAUCCAAAUGGUUUUUCAGGAUCAACAAGUGUUAGAUUUUUCAUUCUCAGAAGAUUUUUCAAAUGACUAUUCAGCUAGCGACGAAAGCACUUUGCCUGAAAAUUCUAUCAACGACGAUGAUAUUGGACAAAAACCUGAUUUAGAGGAUGAGCAUAAAGAGAUGACUCAUGCAACAGGAGCAAAAACCUUAGAGGAUGGUUAUAAUUGGAGAAAGUAUGGACAAAAACAGGUCAAAGGAAGUGAUUAUCCAAGAAGCUACUAUAAAUGUACUCAGGCUAAUUGUCAAGUCAAGAAAAAGGUGGAAAGAUCGCACGACGGCCAUAUAACAGAAAUUAUUUAUACUGGUAAUCAUAAUCAUGUAAAACCACAUUCUAGUCGGCGAGGAUCACCACCUUCAAAUGAUGAGAAAUCAGAAAUUGUUGAAACCAAUGAAACAUAUGAUAGAGCUGAUGCUGAUUCAGAUGGAAAACACAAUAUGGAGUGGAAACUUGAUGGUCAAGAAAGGAUGUCUCUGCCUUUUACUGUGACCGGGCUUUCGAAUCCUACAAAGAGAGUUAGAUCUCUUGGUAUGUCAGAAUCGGACAACGCUCUAGAGCAUUCUUCCGCGCAUGCUAAUCAUGAUGGUGAUAAAGAUGGAGCUACUCAAGCAGUUUUACCACCUCGAGGUGAUACUGAAGAAGAUGAAUCAGAAUCAAAGAGAAGGAAGCACGAGAGCUAUCCAGUUCAAACAAUGGUACCAUCGAGGGCUAUUCGUGAGCCACGAGUGGUAGUGCAAGUUGAGAGUGAAGUGGACAUACUCGAUGAUGGUUACCGCUGGCGAAAGUAUGGACAAAAGGUUGUCAAAGGAAAUCCAAACCCAAGGAGUUACUACAAAUGCACAACUUCUGGAUGUACUGUAAGGAAACAUGUGGAAAGGGCUGCACACAAUAUGAAAUAUGUCAUUACUACUUAUGAAGGAAAACAUAAUCAUGAUGUUCCAAUUGCAAGAAACAACAAUUAUAUAAGCGCAAACGAUGCUGCUUUGCCUUCCCGUGGUGCUAAUGUGCAUGCCUCCGGUAUCCCAAGGUCUGAAACUCAUCAAACUCUUGCACCUCAUUUUGAUCGAAAACCAGAUUCUACCAACGAGUUUCUGAGAUCGAAUUUAAUGGGAAGUUUUAGUGACAUGAAUUUUGGACCUUCUUCCAUAUCCCAACUGAAGUAUUCUUCAUUGAAUAGUAUCUUACCAUUUGGAGCCUAUGGAACAAAUCCUGAGCACGGAGUUGCGCCUCAAGCCGGACCUAUUGCCUCAAUUUUCCCUGACUUUCCGAUGCCGCUACCAAUGAAUCUCCCCUCAUCUGGAAAUUUUUCUCUACCUGGAAUUAAUUUCAACUAUGCACAACCAAUGAAUUCUGUCCAGUCUUACCUUUCAGGUCAACUUGUGAUGGACAUUGAUGCAGGGUAUCUAAGGCCUAAACAGGAGCUAAAGGAUGAAUCUUUAUAUGCUACAUGUGCACCAUCUCUUGAUCAUGCAAGUGCCUCAUUCACUCCACCACCACCAUCACAAUCCACUUAUCAAAGUGCCAUGCAAAAUUUCUCUUCAUAA